CGCGGCUCGGGCUCCGCAGGGAAGAGCCGGGUCGCGCAUCCCGGCUCCCCACACACCUCCUCCGCCCCCUCCUCCGAUCUCCCGGAUUCGCCCAGCCUCUGGGUCCGUGCGCUGCGCCGGCUCCGGGGAGGCGGCCCUGAGCUGGACGCCCUCGAAGCCGCAGGCGCCGGCUCGGGUCGCUCCGCCGUCCGAGCGGCCGUGACUCCUUCUCCGGCUCUGGGCUGCGGCUCUCGGCGUCCCCGGGAGAGGAGCCCUGCAGAUACCCGCGCCCCUCGCCGGCUCGCUCGCUCGCGCCGGGGGACCGCGCCGGCCGGCGAGGACCCUCGCACCUCCCGGGGGCGCGCGCUGCGGCCGCCGCCUCCCCGCGCCCGGCAAGUUUCACCGCUAGAGGAUCCGGAACUUCCAACUUCGUGUGGACAUGAAUCAAACAGCUGGAGCCUCCAACAACGUCAGGUGCCCCCCAGGGAAAAGCCACAAGGAGCUGGUCGGGAGUAAUCCGCCACAGAGGAACUGGAAGGGCAUCGCGAUUGCACUGCUGGUCAUUCUGGUCAUCUGCUCCUUGAUCAUCACCUCGGUCAUCCUGCUGACACCAGCGGAAGAUAAUAGUCUAUCGCAAAAGAAGAAGGUCACCGUGGAAGAUCUUUUCAGUAAAGAUUUCAAAAUCCAUGACCCAGAAGCAAAGUGGAUAAGCGAUAAAGAAUUCAUCUACAGAGAACGGAACGGAUCUGUGAUACUGCGGGAUGUCGAGACCAAUUUUUCUGAAGUGUUAAUAGAAGGCAAAAAAAUUGAAUCGCUAAAAGCCAUCAGAUAUGAAAUAUCUCCCGAUAGAGAAUAUGCACUUUUUUCCUACGACGUGGAGCCGAUCUACCGGCACUCCUACACUGGAUAUUAUGUCCUGAGCAAAAUUCCUCAUGGGGACCCUCAGAGUCUGGACCCCCCAGAAGUCAGCAAUGCAAAGCUUCAGUAUGCAGGGUGGGGCCCCAAAGGCCAGCAGCUGAUCUUCAUCUUUGAGAACAACAUCUACUACUGCGCACAUGUGGGAAGGCAGGCCAUCCGUGUGGUCUCCACAGGGAAGGAAGGCGUCAUCUACAAUGGCCUCAGCGACUGGCUGUACGAAGAGGAGAUCCUGAAGACCCACAUCGCACACUGGUGGUCUCCAGACGGCACAAGGCUGGCCUACGCCACCAUCAACGACUCCCGUGUACCCGUGAUGGAGCUGCCGACCUACACGGGCUCAGCGUACCCGGUGGCGAAGCCCUAUCACUACCCCAAGGCAGGCAGUGAGAACCCCAGCAUCUCCCUGCAUGUCAUCGGCCUCAAUGGGCCCACCCACGACCUGGAGAUGACACCACCGGAUGACCCCCGGAUGAGGGAGUACUACAUCACCAUGGUGAAGUGGGCCACCAGCACCAAGGUCGCCGUGACCUGGCUGAACCGGGCGCAGAACGUGUCCAUCCUGACCCUCUGCGACGCCACCACGGGGGUCUGCACAAAGAAACAUGAGGAUGAAAGUGAAGCCUGGCUCCACAGACAGAAUGAAGAGCCUGUGUUCUCCAAGGAUGGCCGGAAGUUUUUCUUCGUCAGAGCAAUCCCACAGGGGGGACGAGGAAAAUUCUAUCACAUCACGGUGUCGUCAUCCCAGCCCAACAGCAGCAAUGACAACAUCCAGUCCAUCACCUCCGGGGACUGGGACGUGACCAAGAUCCUGUCCUACGACGAGAAGCGCAAUAAGAUCUACUUCCUGAGCACGGAGGACCUGCCGCAGAGACGCCAGCUGUACAGUGCCAACACAGUGGGCAACUUCAACAGGCAGUGCCUGUCCUGCGACCUGGUGGAGAACUGCACCUACUUCAGCGCCUCCUUCAGCCACAGCGCCGACUACUUCCUGCUGCAGUGUGAAGGUCCUGGGGUGCCCACGGUGACCGUGCACAACACCACGGAUAACAAGAAGAUCUUUGACCUCGAAAUGAACGAACACGUGCAGAGGGCUGUCAGUGACCGGCAGAUGCCUAAAAUAGAGUACAGGAGAAUCGAGGUCGAUGACUACAACUUGCCGGUGCAGAUCCUGAAGCCGGCCACCUUCACGGACACGUCCCACUACCCCUUGCUGCUGGUGGUGGACGGCACUCCGGGCAGCCAGAGCGUGGCCGAGAGGUUCCAGGUGACGUGGGAGACAGUGCUGGUGAGCAGCCACGGGGCCGUGGUGGUCAAAUGCGACGGCCGAGGCAGCGGCUUCCAGGGCACCAAGCUCCUGCAGGAAGUGAGGAGGCGGCUGGGCUCGCUGGAGGAGAAGGACCAGAUGGAGGCCAUGCGGACUAUGCUGAAGGAGCAGUACAUUGACAAGACGCGGGUGGCCGUGUUCGGGCAGGACUACGGCGGGUACCUGAGCACCUACAUCCUCCCGGCCAAGGGGGAAAACCAAGGGCAGAUGUUCACCUGCGGCGCGGCCCUCUCGCCCAUCACGGACUUCAAGCUCUACGCGUCUGCAUUUUCCGAACGGUACCUGGGCCUCCACGGACUGGACAACAGGGCGUAUGAGAUGACCAAGGUGGCCCACCGUGUGUCGGCGCUGGAAGGACAGCAGUUCCUCCUCAUCCAUGCCACCGCAGACGAAAAAAUCCACUUCCAGCACACAGCAGAGCUCAUCACACAGCUCAUCAAGGAAAAGGCUAACUACAGCUUACAGAUAUACCCAGACGAAAGCCACUACUUCCACAGCCCCGCCCUCAAGCAGCACCUCUACCGGUCCAUCACCAACUUCUUCGUGGAGUGCUUCAGGGUCCAGGACAAGCUCCCGACAGCCACCGCAAAAGAGGACGAGGAGGAGGACUAACUCGGGCAGCCCCGAGCACAGAUGGCUCUCUCCACAGCAAGAUGCGAAGAGGAAUCUCCUGCCGCCCCUCUGCCCUCGGGGCGGGUGGGGCAGAGGCCCGGACCUUCCCUAGCAUGUGUGUCUCGGAUGCAGAGGGCGGUGUGGCAGGGAGAAGCGUCCCACGCAGCCCGGAACCCCCGUUCAGCACCACCUCCUCCUUUUGGCCCCACAGUGACAGGCACGCCCCACAGCCCUCCCCAGGGGACACAGCAAAGGACAGAGGGCAGUGAGGGCCACCUUGGAGCCCAAGAAGCCAGCCCUUGAGUUCAAGCGGCCAACGAGCAGCAUUAGCCCCGCCCCUCUGCGUCCAGCACCACAUUCCAGCACACAGCAGCCGUGCAAGGGCUCUGCGGUGGAAACCCCCAGGGGGACACGCAGAGCCGGGGUUCGGGCGUGCAUGGUUAGAGCCCGGCCUGGCCCCUCUGUAAUUAGGACCUCCGACCCGUUCGGGCUGCACCAAGAAAACAGACCCUUUCUGUACAAAGUAUCACUGUAGCAAUGCUAAUGGUUCGCCGUCUAGAAUUCAUUCAUGUCUGCCUAUGUUUUAAUCUGAGGAGCAUUGUGUAUGCUCCCGGGGUUGUUUGCUUGUGUUUCGCUUUUUGCUUUUUCUCUUCUUUUUUUUUCCCUGUUAAUGCUUUGUUUCGCUUUCCACUUGCCAUUUGUUUGGGUGGAGAAAGAGAGCUGAAGUCCCCGCUCCCUCCUCCCUGCUGUCCUCAGACUUGGUGGCAUUUUAAACACCAAGGGGGAAGAACAUCCGCUACUACCCAGGAACAGGAAACGUCCAUAAACCCUCUCUCCCGCUGCGCUGCGUUAGGCUUUGUCUGUAGAUCAACACUGUCCGUUCACAUCUGUCCUUGAAACUGUCCUUUUCCUCCUUGGUGAUCUGGCAAGUCUCGUCUGAUGACAUGUGGUUAACAAGUAUGGAAAGACCGUGUCAGCGCACCGCGAGGCGUGCUGAGGAAGCUGGAGUCUCAGUCACAGAAAUCCUACGCAAAGGCCUGAAGGCGCCCUCGCUAUCCUGGGGGCAGGAAGGGUGACACUGGUCUCCGUCGGCCCUGUAAGAUCCACGCUGACCGGAUGUACAGCCGCUGUCUCCCAUGUAUAUGUCAUUUCGUUGUAUAUAAGAAUGGAAUGUGUGUCCAGCGUUUGUGAUGCCCCCCUUGCAUGUGGACACCGUGGCUGACCUGGACUCUAGAAGCAUCAGCCUGGAAUACAUCAGUCCCCACCUUUUCCUUACGGGCUUGGUGACGGCCUGAUUUCCAGCUUCUGGUCCUGCUGGGGGUGUCCUUGGCAUCCUGUCUACAGAGGAGAAGUGUCCAUAUCGCUUUACGGUGUUGGGGGCUUUGUUCCAUCCGUAUGAGCUUUGAACACCAGCUCUAGCCAGGUCUGCGGGAGGAGCUCCGUCCCGGGGUGGCUCGGGGGUGACACUUGGCCGUGCGUGAAGAGGAGCCAUGCGCUGGCCACCAGGACGGGUCUGCGUGCUGCCUGGCUGUGCUUCUGCUGUUCCAGUGAGGUCUGGAUAGGGACGCCGGCUCUGGCCCCAAGACCUGGUCGGAGGGACGUGGGGAUGUGGCAUGGUAGCGUCUGUUCAUCCAUGGAAUAAAACAUUAUUUUACCACU